UUUCCUCAGCCUUCUGUUGAGCUCUAGGACCCAGAGGAAUCUUUCACUGGGACUACAGGGAAGUGUCGAAAAGGACAUUUAAUUAUCGCCGAGUGAGUGCAGUUACAUUCUACAGAACAUCCUUAACCGAAGCCACCGAUUGGCCGCGUCUCCAGGACCCGCGAAGCGCCCGUGUCCCGGUCAGUUUGCUUCCUGGAACUUUCUGACUUUUGAAAGGUGUGAUCUGCUGAAGGCAAGGAAGAAGUGAUGGGCUCUACACCUUCACUGCCCGCCUGGGAGAUCCGCAAUCUGGCGAACACAACCGGCUUUACUUCAGAACAGAUUGAAAUCCUGCACAGAAGGUUCUUGCAUCUAACGGAUGGGAAGACUACAAUGGGCAAGGAUUGUUUUGAUAACAUACCGGAUCUGGACUGUAAUCCCAUUAAGUCAAGAAUCAUCAAUGCAUUUUUUGAUGGAAGAAACCUGGGACUACAAACAGGUGGAACAGUUGAUGAAAUCACGUUUGAAAACUUCCUGACUACUUUAUCAUUUUUCCAACAUAUGGAUGAUAACCACACAAAAGAGGACUUAGAAUACUACAAAAAUGAAAAACUGCAAUUUUUGUUUCGGAUGUAUGACACUAAUGGAGAUGGAAAAAUCACCUUGGAAGAAUUAAGAGAGAUUGUAGACGAAUUGCUAUCCAAGACAUCAAAUGCAGAAAAGACCUCCUCAUCAAUUGCAGAUGCUGCAAUGCUGGAAGCUGCCAACAUCUGUGUGGGACAAAUGGAGCCUGAUCAACUGUAUGAUGGAAUAACUUUUGAUGACUUCCUUAAGAAAUCAACACAUCCACAACCACUGAACAGGUCAUCAUUUCACUCUCCUUGACAGUUCCCUGCUACAGAAUUAUCUUCACUUGGUUUUAGCCUUACCUCCACAAAGCCAUUAUACAGUUUAAUGCAUUCUUUUCCCACCCUACACGGUCAACUUGGGAGAUCAUCUUAUAAUUCUAACCUGAAACCUCUCCUAUUCCUUGUUUAAAUGCUAAUUGCUGAGGAUGUUUGCCUUUAGCUUGAUACUUGCUUAUAAAUCCCCAAACUCAACCCGAGGGAGAGACUAAAUCAUCAGGUUACCAGAUAACAGGAUCUUUGUUUGCAAUUUUCCAGUCUUUUCUGCUGCUAUUUCAUGAACUUGAAUGCAUGAUAGGUAUGCUAAUUGAAAUAACUCAUCUAUUAUUAACAUUAAAAUGGGAAGUCUGCACAGAAACAAUGUCUUAGCUUUCAGCUGACAAAGACUAUCCGCUGGUUCAAAUUUCAUUGAUCAAAAACAGUAACACACAGAACAUUAUAACUACGCCAAGUGACAGAAAAGAGUCUGUGAGUUAAACAAGCAGUUAAAUAGCCACACAGAUUAAACCCACUAUUCUUCUUCAUCACAAACUCCAAACUCCAGUAGACAAUUUGAAAUGAGAUUCCUCAUUAAAUUAAAACAUACAAAUUACGGGAAGGAAAUUCCACAAUGGGCACAGAUUGAGACUGUUUUGAAACAAGUUUUGUCUAUCCAAUUUAAGAAAAUACUAAUUAUUUUCCACACUGAAAAAAAAUGGCACUUGUGGGCUAUCUUUAAUGUAAAUUCUUGCAAUGGAAAUGGGCAGCAGUUCCAUAACUCAACUUCCUCUCUAGGAACACUGCAACCUCUGAUUUUUGAGAGACCCCGUAGGAGGUCAAAUGGAUUGUAAUAAUUAUGAUUGGUCACAAUAUUGCUUCAGUCCUAUGAAUUUCAUAAGAGCUGCAAAUGUGAAUCCAUCCAACUAUAGUCUCUGAACACCUCCUUUAAUUUUGAAGAAAGUCACUUCUGAAGUUCUGCCACGCGAAUUAAUGUACCUUCAGAUUUACUGUUGUAAAAUCAAUAUCUUUCAACUCCCAUUCAAUAUUACUACUGUACUCAUUAAACAUUUAAAAAUAAUUAAAGAAGCCAAAUUGUAAAUUUUAAUCCCAUUAACCAGCAUAAAUUGUCAAGGAUAAUAAAAAUAUGAUUUUAAGGUAAUAGCUUUAUGUUACACAUUGAACACAGCACAUCAGAAUUCACAGCAUUAUUUCAAAAAUCAUAUAAUACACAGAAUAGUAUAUAUCUAUCAAUAACCUUUACAAAAUAAUUUAUUUUGAACAGAAGUCCCAUAAGCAAGUGUUUGAAUAUUCUGUUAUAUGUGGC